AAAGCCCUGAUCAAAAACUCGCUGAUAAUAAAAAGCAAAAAAAGAAAAAAGGUGCACAAAAAAAGAAUGGUAAUUUGUCAACAAAUGAUGAGGAGAAAAAUGAAGCCGGUUCAUCUAAAUCACCCAAAUCAUCUAAAUCGCCCAAAUCACUUAAAUCACCCAAAUCAUCUAAAUCACCCAAAUUACCUAAAUCAACAAAUGAUAAAAGUUUAAAAUGUCAAGAGGGAAAUACUAGAAAUGUUGUUGAUGUUUCAGUUAUUGAUAUUAAAAUUGGACAAGGAGAACAAGCCACUACAGGAAAAACGGUCGGAGUUCGUUUUGUAGGACGUUUGAAUGCGAAUGGCCAUAUAUUUGAUUCAAAUAUGGUCGGAACGAAAUUGUUUUAUUUUACUUUGGGAAAAGGUCAAGUCAUUAGAGGUUGGGAUAUAGGAAUGAAUGGAAUGUGCGUUGGUGGUGAAAGGAAAUUAAUGAUUCCACCUGAACUUGCAUAUGCUGAUAAAGGUCUUCCUCCAAAAGUUCCUAAAAAUGCAACAUUAGAAUUUGAUGUAAAACUAAUGGAAAUUAAAUAA